AGCUUUGUAUAAAUACCUCCUCUGUUAGCUGCAACAAAUACAAAACCUUCCAGCACAAUGGCUAGCCACAUACAUUCUCUACUAUGGUUACUGGUAAUCAGCUUCACAUAUACCAUGCUCAUUGGCUGUAGUGGUGCGUCUGAUGACGAUCAAAAGGUAUAUGUUGUGUACAUGGGUGAUCUUCCUAAGGCCAGAGGUUUCUCUGCUACUGCCUCUCACACCAACAUUCUACGACAAGUUGUGGGCAGUCGUAGGGCAUCCCAGUCUUUACUCCACAGCUACAAGAGGAGUUUUAAUGGAUUUGUUGCGAAGCUAACAGAGGAAGAGAGGAACAGAUUAUCUACGAUGGAAGGUGUAGUGUCAGUGUUCCCUAGCAGAAAGAAACAGCUACAUACGACAAGAUCAUGGGAUUUCAUCGGCUUCCCACAAGAAGUUGUGCGUGCAAAGUUAGAAAGCGAUAUUAUAGUUGGGAUGCUAGACACUGGUGUUUGGCCUGAAUCCAAAAGUUUUAGUGAUGAAGGAUUUGGUCCACCUCCAAGCAAAUGGAAAGGCAGCUGCCAAACACCUUCUAAUUUCACUUGCAACAACAAAAUCAUAGGAGCCAAGUUCUACAGAAGUGAUGGAGAAAUAGGUGUAGGUGAUUUCAAAUCGCCUAGGGAUUCUGAGGGACAUGGAACACACACCGCCUCCACAGCAGCCGGAGGAAUAGUAGAUGAAGCAAGCUUGUUUGGCCUUGGGUCAGGAACAGCUCGUGGAGGGGUUCCCUCAGCGCGCCUUGCUGUGUACAAGAUCUGUUGGGCUGAUGGUUGUUACGAUGCUGAUAUUUUAGCUGCAUUUGAUGAUGCUAUAGCAGACGGGGUUGAUAUAAUUUCUCUCUCAGUAGGGGGGUCAUUUGCUUUAGACUAUUUUGAUGAUCCGAUUGCCAUUGGAGCUUUUCACUCCAUGAAAAAUGGGAUACUCACAUCCAAUUCUGCUGGAAAUUCUGGUCCUGAUCCUGCAACAAUUACCAACCUUUCGCCUUGGUCUCUCUCGGUUGCUGCCAGCACCAUAGAUAGAAAAUUCAUAGCAUUUGUGCAACUGGGCAACAAAAAUUUUUAUCAGGGUUUUGCUGUAAACACUUUCAUCAGUGGCUCACACCCAAUAGUUUAUGGUGGUGAUGUACCAAACACUGCAGCAGGUUACACUGGAGCUGACUCCAGGUACUGCUUCCCCGAUUCAUUGGAUAAUUCAUCGGUUGCUGGAAAGAUAGUCUUUUGUGAUGAGCUGAGCGAUGGAGAGGGCGCAUUGCAAUCAGGGGCAAUUGGUACAAUAAUGCAAGAUGGGGGCUUUAAAGAUCAUGCUUUCUCCUUUCCUUUGUCUACUUCCUAUCUUACUCUAGAAGAUGGAGCAAAAGUUUUAACUUUUAUUAAUACGACCAGUAAACCAACUGCAACCAUUUUACAGAGUAUUGAUGUAAAAGAUUCAUUAGCUCCCUUUGUUGUUUCGUUUUCAUCAAGAGGGCCAAAUCCUAUUACAAGCGAUCUCCUCAAGCCUGACUUAACAGCUCCUGGUGUGGACAUCGUGGCAUCUUGGUCAGAAGCUACAACAGUAACAGGAUUAGUCGGAGACAAAAGGGUUGUCCCGUACAACAUUAUAUCCGGUACAUCCAUGUCCUGUCCUCAUGCCACCGGUGCAGCUGCAUAUGUUAAAUCAUUUCAUCCGACAUGGUCACCAGCAGCAAUUAAGUCCGCUCUUAUGACAACAGCCUCAACUUUAAGUGCUGCUAAAAACACUGAUGUUGAGUUUGCUUACGGGUCAGGACAGAUAGAUCCUAUCAAAGCUGCACAACCUGGUCUAAUUUACGAUGCAGGAGAGGCAGAUUUUAUCAAAUUCUUAUGCGGGCAAGGUUACAGCUCCAAAUCAUUGCAAAUUGUUACUGGAGACAACACUACUUGUACUUCAGCUACCAAUGGAACAGUAUGGGACUUGAACUAUCCUUCAUUUGCUUUAUCCGCGGAAUCAGGCACUUCAUUUACGCGUACCUUCCACAGAACUGUAACAAAUGUUGGCACACCAGCUUCCACUUAUAAGGCUGUAACAAAAGCUCCAUCAGGACUUAGUAUCAAAGUUGAGCCUAGCGUGCUUUCGUUCAACGCCAUAGGCCAGAAACAGAGUUUCACAGUUACAGUUGCUGCAAAAGUUGGUAGCAAAGUGUUGUCUGGUUCUUUAGUGUGGGAUGAUGGGGCGUUUCAAGUUAGGAGUCCUGUUGUUGCAUAUUCCACUUCCUCCUAGUUUUAUUGAUCUUCUACAUUCAUUUGUUACAAUAAAAAGUUUGAUGAACAUUAUAUGAUUUAGGGGACUGAAGUUUACUUUGUGAGUUGAUUCAUGAUAUCAAAAUAAGAAUAUGGCCGUGUUUGGAAGUUAACGGUUUGGGGAAAAAUUAGAGGUUUGGGGUAAUUUAAAGGUUUGGCUAUUUCAAUUCCGCUAAUGACAGUGUUUGAUAGUUAGCGGAUUAAAACAGAGGUUUGGGCUCAAAAAGCCACUUUGAGGAGUUUUUUGAGUUAUAGGUUUUGGUAUGUGUCAUAAAAAGCUAGUCAAAACAUCUAUUUCAAUCAGCUAGUCAAAACAUCUAAUUCAAUCCGCUAACAGUUAACCGCUGAUUCCCAAACAGGGCCACGUUGUAUUGUUGUCACGGUUGUACAUGUUUUUUUUUUUUUUGCUAAAUACGGUUGUACAAUUUUACUACAGUUAACUUAUAAUUUAUAAUGUUUAUGAAUCC